UAGUGACGUCACCGGAAGUAAGCCGUGGACUUCUUCUGGAGUUGCUCUCAAAAUGGCUGCGCCCGAUGAAAACACGCUUGUUCACGAAGAUGAAGACGAAGUUGAAGAGAUGGACGCCAGUGACAGCGAUGAAGAUGAGAUGGAUGAAGAAGGCAAGGGAGAAGAAGGCGGGCAGAAUGAAGUGUAUGUUCCUGGAGUUCAGUCUCUUCAGCAGGGGGAAGAGCUUGAGAUGGAUCGCUCGGCUUACCGCAUGUAUCACGAGUGCCAGACAGGUGCUCCUUGUCUGAGUUUUGAUGUAUUACCUGAUGCUGAGGGAGAGUUGAGAGAGAAGUUUCCCCUGUCAAUGCUGAUGUGUGCUGGUACCCAAGCAGACACAGCUCUUAGUAACAGACUCAUUGUCAUGCGAAUGCACAACCUGUAUGGCACUGAAAAAGAGAAUGAGGAAGAGGAGGAGAGCAGUGAUGAGAGUGAUGAUGAUGAGGAGGAGGAGAAGAAGCCACAAAUGGAGUUGGCCAUGAUGCCCCAUUAUGGAGCAAUAAACAGAGUCCGAGUGACCCAGAAUGGUGAGCAGUCAUUGGCUGCUGUUUGGUGCGAGAAAGGUCAAGUGGAAAUUUUUGACCUUCGGCCACAGCUGGAAGCAGUUCACAGCUCCACUGCAAUGGCAGCUUUCAUUAAACAGCACAAGGAGGCCACACCUCUGUUUAGUUUCUCAGGUCACAUGACAGAAGGCUUUGCUAUCGACUGGUCUUCUAAAGUACCAGGCCGGCUUGUGAGUGGAGACUGCAACAAGAACAUUCACGUGUGGGAGCCACAAGAGGGUGGAACUUCCUGGAAGAUUGACCAACGGCCUUUUAGCUCUCAUACAAAGUCUGUUGAGGACCUCCAGUGGUCACCUACUGAAGCAACAGUUUUCGCCUCCUGCUCAGUGGAUCAGUCCAUUCGCGUUUGGGAUACCAGAGCGCCCCCAAAAUCGAUGCUCUCCGCCAACGAGGCUCACUUGUCCGACGUCAAUGUCAUCAGCUGGAAUCGGACCGAACCAUUUCUGUUAUCUGGAGGGGAUGAUGGGUUUCUGAAGGUGUGGGACUUGAGGCAGUUCCAGUCGGGCCAUCCAGUGGCCAGCUUCAAGCAGCACAGUGCUCCUAUCACUUCAGUGGAAUGGAACCCCAAUGAUUCCAGCGUGUUUGCCGCUUCCGGAGCGGACGACGUCAUCAGCCAAUGGGAUCUCUCGGUCGAGUCGUCUGACAUAGGAGAGCAGGCCGAGAGCUUAAAGAAGCUCCCGCCACAGCUGCUGUUCUUGCACCAAGGCCAGAAGGAGGUCAAGGAGCUUCACUGGCACCCACAGAUCCAGGGAACCCUCAUCUCCACGGCGCUGUCAGGAUUCAACGUGUUCAGGACUAUUUCAGUGUAAAAAGGCCAAGAAGUCGCAUGUGUGCUUUUGUGCCUUACAAUAAAGGUAGUAAUAUGUUCAAUAUAUCAUGGAAAUGAACGUUGCUUUUUGAUAAAACGGACAAAUUUAUUUCGUUACACAUAAACAGGGGAGCUCAGCUAGUAUUCUCAGUGACGAGCAGCCUGUGCAAACACAGCUGCGUGUCCUAGAUUUGAAGUUCGUCCCCGCCGCACUGCUCAGCAGCAGGUUGUAAAAUCUCUUCACCCAAGUAUUAUUCCAGGACAGAAUUCUGUUUGUCACAAGUCAUAUUUUUGUACUAAUGUUUCUGGGGGCUUAAUUGGUUCAUGUUGGAAUGCAGAUGCUGCCAUAGUUUUCCAUGGCAAGGAGUUCUUUCACUUUCCUUUCAUUACUCUCUCCCUCCAGUCAGAGUGGCAGUAACAAAUAUAACGUGUGCUCAUGCAUGCGAAAGAGGAUCCUUAGCGCCUUCACUCCAAGCGUGUUUACCCUCUAAAGUAACAUUAGCAGUUUGAAAAAACUUUGACACCAUGUGACCUUAACCCUCCUCAGGUGUCGGUGGGGGCGUUAUUGGGGGGAGUGAGAGAUGACCAAAUUUGUAGAAUAUUGUAUAAAUAUUUGGUUGUAACUGAUGCUGUUGAAGAAAAGCAUAAUUAUGCUCAGACUCAUGGUUCCUUUACAUGUUCAUUUUUCAUCAAUGACUCUAAAAUGACUAAAAACUGAAUUGAAAUGUGUUUUCUGUCAUAAUACUGUAUUCUCACAAGGUCACAUCAUCAAUAAAAAAACCCUUGACUGCUA